AUCACUUAUCAAUUGUCAUCGCAUCAGUCAGUGAAGCUCCAUCUAAAUACGUUCGGUUAUUCCAGGUAAUGGGAGGACUGGAGCAGAAUCGCCAGCCUGGAGAGGAAUCAGCAAUACCGGCGUUCGUGGGUAUGGGAGAGCAGCGUGGUUGCUUAGCCGUCUCCCUGACCCGAUCUUCUCAGGUCUAGCCACAGGAUCGAGGCCAGUAAGGCGGUUUCGCACGAAAUCGGAUUGGACGCUCGCCACGAAAAUAGCAGGUGGUUCGCGAUUGAACCGAUCCGAGCUGCGAGGAUCGCACUAGUUUUCUAGUUUUCCUGUGGUAUCAUAAUUUUGCGCUGACUCUCUACUCCCGACUCUCGACUCUUGACUCUUGACUCUCGACUCUCGACUCUCGACUCUCGACUCUCGACUCUCGACUCUCGACUCUCGACUCCCGACUCUCAAAUCUCAGCUCUCGACUCUCGACCCCCGACUCCCGACUCUCGACUCUCGACUCUCGUCUCCCGACUCUCGACUUUCGACUCUCAACUCCCGACUCUCGACUCUCGACUCUCGACUGCCGAUUUUCCUUGAAGGUCGGCGACUGCCUCAUGGCGUCGAACAGCAGAAAGAGUCUUGAGUUGGUGGACAUCUCGCACCACGAAUCGGACGACGACCAUGAGGAGCACUCGCUGCUCAGCGACAGCAAGCCGCGUGACUCCGACUCGGACGAUGGGGUGGGGAGGAUCCGUCUGCCCAAGGGCGCGGUGGCAGCGUCGUGGGAGGAGUACUGGAGAAAGAGCUUAGUGGCGCUCUUCCUGGGGUGCUCCCUGAACGUGCUGCUCGUGUUCAUCCCGCUCUCCAUGCUCGCUGUCAGCCUCAAGUGGCCGCAGGGUUGGAUCUUCACAUUUUCUCUCCUUGGAAUCGCCCCAUUGGCCGAGAGACUAGGGUUUGUAACAGAGCAGCUGGCACUGUACACCGGCCCAACCUUGGGGGGGCUACUCAACGCCACAUUCGGCAACGCCACCGAGCUGAUCAUCUCCAUAUUCGCGCUGCAGAACGGGCUCAUCCGAGUGGUGCAGAUGAGUCUGCUGGGGUCCAUCCUCUCCAACAUGCUGCUUGUGCUCGGCUGCGCCUUCUACGUGGGCGGGCUGCGCUACCGCGAGCAGAAGUUCAAUCGGACUGCUGCUCUUGUCAACUCAGGCCUUCUUCUCAUGGCAGUGAUGGGGCUGACGGCACCGGCUGUCCUCCAGUCGACUCACACGGAGCUGCACGAGAGGGACAGCGAGCUGGGGCUGUCGCGCUUCAGCAGCGUCAUGAUGCUCGUGGCGUACGCGUGCUACCUCUACUUCCAGCUCAAAACGCAUGCUCACUUAUACGAUGACGAGGGGGGAGAGGGGGACGAUGAUGACGAUGAGGAGCAGGUGCUGGGCUUCUGGGGAGCGAUUGUGUGGAUGGGCAUCAUCACUAUCUUCAUCUCUAUCCUCUCCGAAUACCUUGUGGACGCUAUUGAGGGCGCAGCGGACGCCUGGGACAUCCCAGUGGCGUUUAUCAGCGUCAUCAUCCUCCCCAUUGUGGGCAACGCUGCAGAGCAUGCCUCAGCAAUCAUGUUUGCAGCCAAGGAUAAAGUGGAUAUCUCCCUUGGAGUUGCCAUUGGAUCCUCCACUCAAAUCGCCAUGUUCGCUAUCCCCUUCUGUGUGGUGGUGGGGUGGGCCAUGGGCGUGCCCAUGGAUCUCAACUUCCAUCUCUUUGAGACCGCCACACUCUGCAUGACAGUGCUUGUCGUCGCUGCGCUGCUUCAGGAGGGCGAGAGCAACUAUUUCAAGGGCAUCAUGCUUGUGCUGAGCUAUCUUAUUGUGGCCGCCAGCUUCUAUGUGCACAACGACAUCGAGGACCCGGAUGACCCAAUCCCCAUGGCGCCAGCAUCGUCCCCCUCGCCCAUGCCAUUCCCAGGCUAAGCCGGCCUUUGAGGCACCUCAAAAGGCUAAGCCGGCCUUUGAGGCACCUCAAAAGGCUAAGCCGGCCUUUGAGGCACCUCAAAAGGCUAAGCCGGCCUUUGAGGCACCUCAAGAGGCUAAGCCGGCCUUUGAGGCACCUCAAAAGGCUAAGCCGGCCUUUGAGGCACCUCAAAAGGAUAAGCCGGCCUGUGAGGCACCUGAAAAGGCUAAGCUGGCCAGCCAUCAUCCGCUCAUCAGCAUUCUCAUCACAUGGGGUGACUCCACACCACAGCCACCUGACUCCUGAGGCUCAUGGAUUGGCAUCAGGUGUUCCGGCCAUGUGUGUACGUACGCCAUCCAACUACCGUAUGCCACACGGAGAAACAUGCCUUGCCAUGAUUAGAGGGUCUCAAAGCACCCACGCCACGCCAUGCCAUGCCACACCAUGCCAUACAAUGCCAUGCUAUGGCCAGCCGUGAAGUUUGAUAGGAUGUAUUUUUCCGUUGGGAAUAAAUUAUGUUGAAGCAAGGCCGUGGUAUUGGUACACGCUAUGUCACCACCAGGGAAGAGAUUAAAACCACAGGCUAGAAUAGCAAGGGGGGGGCACACUCGAAAAUUUGGUAUUUUUCAAAGUCAGAAAAAAGGAUCCGACUUGCG